UGGGAUGGUCUUAGUGUUCAGUUUCUCACGUACGAACACGAACUCGACGAAACAAAUGAACUAAAACAAAAAGCCCCCUUUUGUCUUUAGGGCACCACACAAAGGAGAAGACUUUGAGGAGAGAUUAAACAGAUCCUUUUCUCCUCCCAAUCUCCCACAGGUACGCGUCGAUAAUUAGGGUUAUCGAAUCGAGACUCGUUCAAUUUAGGGUCUUGCUUCAUCUCCAGAUUCCUCUCUUCAAAGAUGGGAUCCGAUCAAAACUCUUCCCGGUCCGAUACACUGGAGAUCAAAUCCCUCAUUUACCGGCAAAUCGGGACUCAAAGAGCUGACAUUUACUUCCAUCACCUCGGGAGAUUCUUCGCCUCGAGAAUCACCAAGCCAGAGUUCGACAAGCUCUGUCUCAAGACCAUCGGGAAGCAGCACAUCUCGCUCCACAACCGUCUUAUACACUCAGUGAUCAAGAACGCUAGCGUUGCUAAGUCUCCUCCUUCGAGGUACGCGAAGAAAGGUGGGAGCUUUGUUAGGUUGAGCGAUGGGAAACAGAGCAUUCGCGGUAGGAAGUUUAGAGACAGGCCGAGCCCGCUUGGUCCGCUCGGGAAGCCUCAGAGCGUGACUACUAUCACCACCACGAGUGCUACUGAGCUGAUGUCUUUAGGGAGUAGACCUCCUUUGGAAGUUGAGGAAGGGGAGGAGGUUGAGCAGGUAGCUGGGAGUAGUGGGAGGAGGAGUCCUGUCACUGCUCCGUUUGGUGUUGAUUUGAAUCUCAGGAGGAAGGCUGUGUCGUGUGGUGGUUUGAGACGUGAGAGUUGUCAGAGCAGCGGUGAGUUGCCGGAUACGAGAACGCUGAGGAGCAGGUUGGAGAGGAGGUUGGAGGUGGAAGGGGUUAAGGUGUCUAUGGACUCUGUUAGUCUUCUUAAUAGUGGGGUUGAUGCGUUUAUGAGGAGGUUGAUUGAGCCUUGUUUGAGUUUGGCUAAUGCUCGAUGUGGAGGGAAUGAACAGCAAAGGAGAAGGCUUUCUCCGUGUGUAUCGAUGUCUGAUUUUCGUGCUGGUAUGGAGCUAAAUCCACAGAUUCUUGGAGAAGAAUGGCCUAUACUUCUGGAGAAGAUAUGUUCGCGUGGUUUAGAUGAGUAAAGGUUUAGUAGAAACGCCAUAGUUUAGGUUAAGUAUACAUAGCAUUUUGAUUCUUCUCAUUGGCUAUAGCCUAUACCUGAACCUAUACAUUCUCUUCUUGAAUUGGGUUUUGUGUCUUGGUUUGGUCUGUGAGCCAUUAGAAAGUGAAAAGUUGUUGUUUGGUUGUUUGAAGAGAAGAAGUUGGUUGGGUCUUUGGUGUUGUACAAGUUCUUACAUUAGAGUGAGAUUCAAGUAGAGGUUUUAAAGUAAAUGCCAUGUUGUUUCAUUCUCCUUUCUAUUUUUUUACUUUCUUUGCUUUCU